GACAGUGUCGUACAGAAAAAUUUCUUUCCGUCAUUAAAAACUUUGUUCAAGAUAAGCGUUCAAAAGCGUGCUGUAAGAAAUAAGUUUUUAAUAGCAUUUUACUGGGGAUAUUAACAUAUUUUAAUAGUUAAACGCAUUGAAAAGUGAUCCAUUAAAUUCCGAGACUAUGUUUUAAUUGCCCGCUGUUACUACUACGUCGCAAGUCUUAGCACCGAAUCAUGUCGGUUCACUAUAAAUUCAAAAGUGCUCUGGACUUCGAUACCAUCGCAUUCGAUGGACUUCACAUUUCGGUCGACGAUUUGAAGAAAGCCAUUUUACAUCAGAAACGACUGGGGAAGACGGUGGAUUUUGAUCUUCAGAUUACUAACGCUCAGACCAAGGAAGAGUACACGGACGACUCAACUCUUAUACCGAAAAACACUUCGCUGAUCAUUGCUCGGAUCCCACUAGCCCGACAACCGAAAAAGGCAUGGGAUCCAUCGGCUGACAAGGGACAGGGUCGAUCGAUUCAAAAUGAAUCCGAUCAACCGAAUGCCGAUUUAUUGCGGAUGAACGGAUCCGAGGAGGAUAAAAUUAAUGCGAUGAUGAUACAAAGUACCAUGGACUACGAUCCAAACAAAUUCAGCUAUCAAAAAAUUCGUGGCGCUAAUCAAACUGGCGAGGUUCCAGCGAAUUAUCGGUGUUAUAAAUGCCAUAAUCCCGGUCAUUGGAUCAAAAAUUGUCCCUUAAAUUUAAUCGGUGAAGCUGGUAGUGAUGUUAAACGUAAUACGGGAAUCCCUAGAUCUUUUAUAGAUGGACAGAAUGAAACGAUUGUGCAACCAACAACGGCACCCAUCGCUGAAAAGAAACAAGAAAUUCCGGAGGACCUACUUUGCAGUAUAUGCAAAGAUUUGUACGCAGACGCAGUUAUGAUACCAUGUUGUGGUAGCACAUUUUGUGACGAAUGCGUACGUACAGCACUGCUUGAGUCCGAGGAUAACGAAUGCCCCGAUUGCAAGGAGAAAGGAUCAUCUCCUGGUUCGCUAAUACCGAACCGUUUUUUGAGAAAUUCUGUCAACGCUUUUAAAAAUGAAACUGGAUACAUAAAAGCUAGACCUCAACCCAAACCCCAAGUUCAACCUGUUCAACCCGUCGAAACAGCAGAACCUGUAGCAUCGCCCAAAGAAGUUACAGAAGAACCGAUUGCAGAGAUCGCAGAAGAGGAGGAUAAUGACAAAGCCGAAACGGAAAAACCUGAUGAAAGUACUGCCACCGAAGAACAACGAGCUGAGACGCCACACGAUGAGUCAGACUACGAAGACAAUAUUACCGUCACCGUUCCGCCUGCUCAUCUACAAAGUGGCGAUGCGUUUCGUGAUUUUCACCUAAAUGGUCGAGGAAGGCACAUGGAAUCGUCCAAACAUCAUCAUAUUCAUGUGCAUCAGCAUACCCAUGAUCAUGAGGAGGGAUCGGAUACGCCUACAAACGAUGAAAAGGAAGUGUAUCAAGAUUUACCGGAUGUGAAACCACACCAGCAUGAACGACCACCGCCAAAUUAUCACCACCAAUCGCAUCACAUGCAUCAACAUCAACCGCCGCAGAUGCCGAUUCCACAACCUCAACCCGAUCAGUACCAACAACAAAUGCCACCAGCUGCGUAUCCGCAUCCUAAUGUUCCGCCGCAGCGUCCGUACGAUGGAGGUUAUGGUCAUCAACAGCAAAAUUAUCCACCGCGCCAAUACGAUCAGCAUAUGCAACAUCGACCUCCGAUGCAACAUCGUGGUGGUUACCACGGCGGUCCGCCAAUGCAACAUCAAAUGAGACAUCGAUUCGGACCAAUGGCACCGAAUUCAAUAAGUUCAGUUUAUCAGGGAGUUGCCGCCAAAAUCGGUACCGGUAUCAUCGACGAUCCACUGGAAGCAUUCAAUCGCAUCAUGCGUGAAAAGGAACGCCGUAAAGAAGAGCGCAGAUCGCCACCGAUUCGACGACGGUCCAGAUCGAAUGAACUGCGUCGUAGGUCACCCAUUGCCGAUCGUAGACGAUCGCCGCCUCGAGGAGUUCGUAGUCCAGACGUUCGUCGCAGAACACCGGAUCGAAGAGCUCGGUCGCCCAGAUCGGAAGAACGCCGGAGGAAACGGUCCCAUUCAUAUGACACGAGGCUGUCGCGAUCAUUUUCAAGGUCUCGUUCACGUUCGAUUCGAAGACAUUCUCGGUCGCCGCAGCCACGGAAAAGAACACGUUCACCAAGGCGGGUCAGCAGAAGCCGUUCUCCGUCCUUUAGCAUAAGUCGGUCCAGAUCUCGAUCUAAAUCUGCCAGUCGUUAUAAAGCACCAUUACAUACACGAUAUCGCUCUCCACCGCGUGGUUCAUCUAGGAACAGAUUCAGAGAUGGAAGCCGCCGGAACGAACGCCGAGAUGAUUUCAAUCGAGAUCGUGAUGAUUUUCGAGAUCGUUCACCGGGAUAUUAUUCACAUCGUGGUCGUUCCUCAUACCGUGGUCGUGGGCGCAGUCACUUCCGACACGAUAGAGCAUCAAAUAUGCCAAUGUCGAUACCACCAACCGACUACAAUAAUUAUCAGGCACCACCUAUGACAACAAGUGGAUAUGACGAUGGUCAAUAUCAUCUACCACCCAGGUACAUUGCACCGCGUGGUUUAUCUCCUUCACAACAAAUGCAACCAAGAAUACCCGAAUAUUUGCCUCCACCAAUGCACAUCGUUACGCCAACCAUCGAUCAAACAGGUCAUUACGAUGAUCUCAAUCGUUAUGACGAUGCACCACCCGGUACACAGCCACCACCUCCUGGUGAACAGUCUCCCAUAGAACAAUUUGGCAGAGAUCGUGAAAAAUGGAAUCCAGAACAAGAAAGACAUCGUCGUACACCAGACAAAGGUGUACUGCCACCGUUCGAUGAACGGCGUCACACUCCCGAUUUACGAGAUCGUUUGAACGCCGAGUCUGCAAUCGCUCGAACACAUCGUUCGACCUCACGUACCGCCAUGGAACACCAUCGUUCCGAACGCAAUGAACGUGUAGAAAAACGUCGCCACAGUAAAUCGCCAACUCAUCGCGAUGGACGGAAGGAUGUGGAAUCUAGUCGGGAUCGGGAACGUGAUCGAGGUCGUGAUGAUAAACAUGAAAAAUCCAGCCGUAAUAAGGAGUCGGAAAGAGAACGUUCUACCAAAGACUCGAAAGAUCGUCAUCGUUCGGAUAAGACUGACGACAGAGACGUGAAGCGCGAUAGAGAAAAAGAAAGGGAAAAGGAACGGGAAAAAGAAAAGGAACGCGAACGAAAGGAUAAAGAGAAGGAAAAGGAGAAAGAGAAAGAUAAAGAAAAGGAGAAGGAGAAACGAAAAGAAUCAUCCGACGAAGAAAAACGCGAUCGAAAGGCAAAGGAGAAAAAGAAGAAAAAGAAAGAGGAAAAGGCAUUGGAAAAGAAGAAGAAGAAAGAGCGAAAGGAAAAAGAAAAACGGGAAAAAGAAUUACGAAAAGAGCAGGAUCGUGCCAGAAAAUUGUUGGAAUCAAAUAUUGAUCGUAAAAGUGACGACAAUGAAGAACAGUUCAAUGAAACAGGUCAACCGCAUGAAUCAAAGGAACAGAACGAUUUCAACGAAGACAGUGAGAACAUUUCGAAAGAACUGUACGAUGAUAUGCCCAACACACCCGAGAAACAAAGCAAUUUGCAGCAAACAUCUGAAAAUAUUCACAGCACAAAAAUGGACGAUUUUGAUAUCGAUGAAGGGGAUGAUCCCGAAGCUGCUAAAUCAGACACUUCAAACGUUAGAACUUCCGCUCCAAGUGCAAAGGAAACGAUAAGAAAUGACGAACAUUCGUUGGAUUUAUAUGGCGACAUUGUCGGGGAUGAACUAGAUUUAAGCUAUCACGACGAAGAUGGUAAUUUGAGACGCACCGAAGAAGCCAGCCCGGCACACCCAGACGUUUUGAAUAGAUCCGAUUCUAUUCUUGACAUCCAUGCUAACCUUGAUUUCGAACAUGAAAUGGACGAGAUCGAACCGGAUACGAAAAAGUCAGCUCAAGGAUUCAUGCCGUUUCCAGAGCUGUCAAAAUGGGAACGAGAAGACGACAUGUAUUUGUAUGGCGAUAAAAAGUCAGGAUCGGACACGUCUCCUUAUGACGAGAAAAAUGCUGGAAAGGUCACCAACGAAGUGCUCAAGCGAGCUGAAAAUGCAAUAUUCCGGUUUCAUGACAAGAGACUACCACAGAAAAUCGAUCCGAACGAGAAGAAAGCUCAAGAAAUCGUCCUCACCCGUGCCAUCAACGCAAUUCGGCCAAUUGAAAUCAAGAAAAUUUCGACAGAUCGUCAAAAGCUCUACGCCAAUGAGAAACGAGAAAAUUCGCCAGACGCACUUGGUGUUGCUGACGACAUUCAAAAUAAUAUGAAAAUAACUGUGCCGGUGUAUACAAACGAAGAACGUUCGGUGGAAUUGAAGUCUGAUGUUAAAAUCGAACGGGGCCGAACACCUGUUCGGUCAAUCAAGGAUAGAUUGGGCAGUAAAGUACGCAAUUCUCCCAGAAGUCGAACGAGAACACCUCCGAGAAAAUUGUUAGUUGACAACGGACACGGCGAAAAGGAGCGUUCGAGAGACCGUAACCGACGAGAUGAUCGAGGCAGAGAGAGCGACAAACGUGUUGCCAGCAGUAGAUCGAAUGAAGCUCGACGUGUGCAUGAUACGAAACGCGGUGGUAUCACUAAAAUUGAUAAAGAAAAGGAUGAUCGCAGGUCCAGUCGAGAUCGUGGGCGCGAUGAUAGACACGAUAAGUCCAGCCGUAAAGAAUCUGACCGUGAUCGAUCAGCACACAAAGACGCAAAGGAUCGUCAUCGUUUGGGUGAAAAGGCCGAUGAUCGAGACAACCGUCAACGUGAUAGAGAAAGACAGGUGGAGACGGACAGAGAGAAGGAUCGCGAAAAAGAAAAGGAAAGAGCUAGGCAAAUGGCGCGUGCCAGGGAAAUGGAGCGAAUCAAAGAAAUGACUCGCAAGCAAAUGGACAAGGAGAAGGUCGAUAAGCGAGAUGGCAAGCGGGAAAGAUCGGACAGUUUGGAAUCGAAACACCGGCGCGAUCAAAGUAAGGAUGAAAAGAAACCAAAAUUGGAAAGUGAGCGUGUGUCUGCGAAGCAACUUUCCGAGCGUAAGCGUUCCUCCAUCGACGAAUCGAAAUUCGUUCCGGACUACGAUGAAAGUGAUAAGAAAACCGAAGCAGCUCGACGAAAACCUGUUGAGAUCAAACAACAAGACAAGAAAAAGUCUCGUUCAGUUAGCGAAUCCAGUUCGUCAUCCGAUUCCGAUUCGUCCGAUUCCAGUUCCGAUUCCGAAGACAAGAAGCGAAAGAAGAGAAAGCACAAGAAACAGAAACGUUCGAAACGGGCUUCGUCAUCCGAGUCCGACACAUCAUCCAAGAAGAAGAAGAGCAAGCAUAAGAAAUCGAAGAAGAAGAAGAAGGGUAAAGCUAAGUAACUUUUUCAUUAUUCGAAAUAUUUUUGAAUGAAGAUCAUGUUUUCCGUUGAUGUAAAUAUUAUUAUUGCCUUCUCAUUAAAUACAGUUUUCAUUGUUUCUGCUUUGCUGAAAUCUUCAUAACUUUUCAUCCCGCAAGUGUAACCUCAUUUACUUUUCAGAAAUAAAUGACAAAAAAUUUGA